UUGAAAAACCUUGCUUCUGUCACAAACUAUGUUGCGGUAUGUGUUGUGGGGAGGAGGACAUUUUUGAGCAGUCACUAGGAAAUGAGAGCUUUGAAGUUCCUUCCUGAGGCUGACUCCUAGACAUAUUUCAUUUGGAAGAUCACAAAGGAGGAUUUUUAGAAGGGAAAUUACUACAUAAAGACGUGCUUAACACAGGACAGUGAGUUUAGACAGUGAUAUUCAUAUGUUGUUUUGCUAACUGUUAAGCACUUCUGUCCCUGGAAUCACACCCAAGUCACUGGUUCCUGUGAAUAUGAAAUUACUGAAUCAAGCUGGGGAGGUCAAAACGUUUCUUAUAGUGAAAGUCUUGUAAACUUUUGUUAGCUUAGAAGAACAAAACUUCCAGAGUUCUUGAGAGAUGGCUUUGGAGACAUGUGGAAGCUGUUUGAGUUGUCUGCUGGUGCCUCUUGCACUUUGGAGUAUUGUUGUGAACAUCCUCCUAUACUUUCCAAAUGGGAAAGCUCUGCAUGCUGCCAGUUACCAAUCCCCCAACCAUGAGUGGUAUUUUGAAGGCAUCUGUUUCUCAGGUGUGAUGAUCCUUCUUUUGGCAGUAAUUAUGAUAACACUGGAGUGUAGUGUGUUCUAUCGGUGCUGCCAGAGUGAGAGCUGUAACAAAACCUACAGGAGUUUUGUUUCUAUCGUGCUAGCCCUGCUUGGAAUUGCUUUCUCGGGAUACAGCUGCAUCAUUUUUACCCUGCAUUUGAUUCAAGGACCUUUCUGCCAUUCAUCAAGUGGAUGGAAUUAUAUUUUCAAAGACACUGCUGGGGGGUACCUCACAGAUUACCCUGCCUGGUCUAAGUGCACAGGACCUGCUAACAUAGUGGAGUGGAAUAUUAUUUUACUCUCGAUUUUGAUAGCUCUCAGUGGGUUACAGUUGAUCAUCUGCAUUCUCAAAAUAGCCGCUGAGUUGAAACGAACACUCUGUGGGACCUAUUCUGUUUUUGUGCAGGCUGGGAUUCUCUGAAAAUGUCAAGGAAAUUGCUUCUCUCCUGUCUCCAGAAAAACAGAGAAAUGGGCUUUCCAUAAUCAUAGCGGUAGAUUUGUGUGCUACAAAGAAAAAUGAAACCCUUGUCUUAAAUCUCUGUUCAUCAAACCUCUCUGUUUUGGAUGAAGUAUAUUUAAAUGUCUGAUAUUUACAUUUUCCUUCACCUGUCCUGUUGCGCCUGGCAGGGACACUCCACUUUUUACCCUCCAACUUGUGACAGUAGGGAUAUUUGAAUAUAACAGAACUGCUUUUGCAUUGAAAGCACCUUAUUAUUUUUUCUUAAUAAACUGCUGUAGAAUUGCUUUUGUACUCCCCUGU